AUGCCCAUUUCCAACGUAUUUUCCCUUACAAACCACAAUUCUACCAAUGAGGUUGGUCGUGAAGAAAUAAUACCCUUGAAUGCUGACAGUCCAAUCCCUCAAUUUGAGAAAUUCUACAAAAGACCGGACCUGAGAGAAUUUCGGGUUCGGCCAAACCCAUCUUCAGGAGUUUGCAGAUCUUUUCUAAUCAGUUAUCGCACCGCCAGCAGCCCCAAAAUAGUCAAGGUAGGAAUGGUAGACCCGUUUACUUGGGAGGUGGCGACCGCGAUGAACACGGUCGCCUCCGUCAAACAAUGCGUGGUCUCAGACCUGCAAUCCGUCCACCAGAAAAUCCAAGAGAUCGCUUCACUCUCGAUUGACCGACUCGAAGCUGUCGAGGACAGGGUAGCCGAAAACACGGAUAGAAUAAACACUCUCUUUGCAAAUCGAGCAGACAAUUCGGGCACGCCGUCCACGCACAACAGCGCCCAGACAUCUCACCCUCCAAGUCGACGAGCAUCCCCGACUCCACCAAACGAGAUCCUCGGCUCAUCGAUCAACGUCCUAGGCUUAAAAAUUGGAUCCAGGAUCCCGAUCUUCUCUGGCGCACCAGCGGAAAACUUUUCCACCUUCGUCCGCUCAUUUAUGGACCACGUCAAAGCCGUCAACCCAGCACUCGAGGAGUCAUCUGUCAGAGCCGUGUUCCUGACCUACCUGACGGAAUUCGCAAGAGACAAAGCAGAAGAACUCUUGGAAAAACAUCCGAGCUACACAUGCCAACAAUUGGUGGAAGAGAUGCGAAAGACGUUCGAAGAUCCGAAUCGCGCCGAGAUGGAGAGACAGCAGCUUCGGCAAUGCAGUCAGCGAACCGACGAAUCUGUAGAUGACUUUUGCACUCGUGUCCGUAAGUUGGCCCUCAGUGCCCACGCAGGUAAUUCCCGAGACUUUAUACAAGAGAAAGCUAAAGAAGCUUUCAUUGACGGACUUCUAUUUAAUCUGAAGUUCCUCGUAAAGGGGGAAUCGCCCACAAAUUUUCAGGAAGCUCAGAAUUCGGCAAUGAAGUUCGAACUUCUACUAAAGGAAGCAGCAAGGUCAAACACCAUCGCACCUCAGGGACUUGCCGUCAUCCCGGCUCCAGCUCCAGCUCAAAACUCUCCAUGGUCGAAACCAAAAAGGGAAUGCUUCUACUGUGGCAUACCCGGACAUUUUGCAAGGGAGUGUCGCAGAAAGAUUGCAGAUCAAGCCAAGGGAAUCUUCCAGAAAACGAAUAAGGUAUCCAACCUCAGGUCCCAGACCAGAUCUUUCCCACAAAGAAACCCAGUCGAUAAUCAUCAAAUCUUUUCUAAUAAUCCAGGAGUUCAGGCAAUUCAGCCAGUUGUGUCAACCAUCCACGCCCAGAUGGAAGCAAUGCAAACUGAACUCGAAGUUCGUCAGAACCAGAUCAAUGCCCUCAUCAAAAGAAACGAUGAACUUACUACCAAUCCAGGAAAUCACCAAGUUCCCAAUAGAAGAACAAUGAAGAAAUUCUUGCAUUGUAGCCACGGGGACUUAGUCCCAUUCAAUGGAAUCUAUAAAACUCUCAACGAUCAUAUACUUACUUGGCCCUCGGCUCCGUUUUCAGCUUUUCUAGGAACCCAAACAGCCGAAUCAACCAACUGCGUCAUGAUGCCGACACGGGUGAUGACUCGUUUCGGAAAGGAAACACCCGAAUCGCCAGCUGGAUCAAUGGUCGGAUGUCGCUUUUCUUCCGGAUUCUGCAACACCAGAGAAGGCGCGGCAUUCCAAUGGACACCAAAUCCAAAACAAGAAUGUAAGUAUUUGGAACUUAGAACUAUGAAAGGAUUUAUGACUAAAAACAUCUGGGUCAGUACAGAAAAAGAAUUCGCAAUCUCAUUCGACCAAAACAACACUCGAUUAUUAGAUUGUGGACGAAAAUUAGUGAUCUCAGAUCAAGGAUACGGUAUCGCCCUUCCAAACAGAAACAAACGAUCUAACUCAGUAGAUGAACUGACUAACUUUGUAACUUCUAAUCAGUUAGCUGCCCAACUGCUUGCAGUUGAGGAAGUCGUUUUAGAAACCACGGCCGCCUGGUUUGCCGGCAACUUCAUGAGUUGGUGCUCGUCGUUCAACGCAGUAGCGGCAGCCACCCGAGCCGCUGUCGCCAGCAACCCUACAUUGGCAGCCCGUCAGAUGCUAAAGAAAGAGAACAUCUUCGCCAAGUACAUCGGAAACGACGUCCUUUCACUACAAGUAUGUUCACCAGUUCCACAAGAUUCUUACGAAUUUGUACCAUUCACGAAAACAUGCUAUUCGAAACCUGCUCUUAGAGUCAGACUCCCAAAAAAUACAUCAAUUGUAACUUUUGUCGACCUUACUACCAGAGUCAUUACAAACAGAGCUCACCCAGUAGACUGUAGUCUGGUCACCAGCUUUCAAAAAUAUUCAGGACAAUCACUACAACGAAAUUUGGGAGCUCUUCAAGGAUCGCCAGCAGCCAUCACCAGGAUCAUUUCGUCUCAUGGAGACCCAAGCAGUGGACCCUUGUCACUCGACACCAUCGAAGAAGCGGUAACGUUUUGGACAAAAGCUAAGUGGCUAUGGGAAUUGAUCUUCUAUGUUUGGACUAUACUCACAAAUAUCGUAGUAACUCUAAUCGUAGGAACCGCCAUCAUCAUGAUCUUAGUAUCUAAUGUACUCACCCCUUACCUUCCGUUCAGGCAACCAGCUCAACCCCAGUUUGAGCGUCCCCAGAGCCCAGAUGGGCAGGUAUGCGACUAUGUAACCCUCACCGAAAGACUUCGAUCUCCAAGGAUUAAUGCUCUCGCCCACCCCACGGAGUACUUUUCAGCUGUUGUACCUCUCAAAGCGAAUGGGAUAAACUGUUGGGCUCUCAUUGACACCGGUGCCAGUUUUACAGUAGCCGGGCAAGGCAUUCUCCACCUGCUUGGAAUUCCAAGACUCCAGGAACCUCUCUCUUACAUGGCAGUAGGCUUAGGAAAUAAUGAGGUAAAAAUGGCUGGCUCUGCCGUCGUCAAAUUUCAGAUUGGUAGUCACGUCCUGUUUCAGAACACCCACUUUACCACAGGACAGUGUACCCCAGGAGGACCACGCGACUACGAUUUCAUAAUCGGUAACGAUGCCCAUUACAUGGUUACGGACGUGGAACUGCCCUCAGAGCCAGCUCAGCGGAUUUCCGAGUCAACAACCCUGCAGAUGAUUCAGGAUUUCCGGAACGAGACAACCAAGUGGAUGACCAUCGACACACCAAUCACUUCGGUCCCGAACGGCAAACGAAACCCAAACGUGGCAACACUGUCACGAUUCGAUUGCGAUAGGAUCUUCGCCCUUUACAUUGUCAAGGAAUCCGCUGGAGGCAACCUGCACCUCAACCCAGCUCACAGAGAGCUUGUGUCCUACGAUCGCCCGGACCUGUACACAGUCCACCUGACGAGACACUCCGAAGACAUCCUCAACCCAGGACCACCCAACCCGGCCAAUUAUUAUAUUGGAGACCUCUUGGUGGUACUUUCGCUGAAGAGAAGACCAGGAGCGAAGCUAAACGAAAUCAAGAGGGACUUCGUCGACAUCCUGGACAUGAACAAAUGUCACUUCUGGCAAGUCAAUAAGUUUGCUCUUGUGCAGAGAAAGGUGGAAAAAGACCAGCCUCUGUGGAAGAUGGAUGACCUCAAGGAACCUAUCGACCCUCGGAGGAAACUCAAAAUGCCAUGGAAGGCCGAGUGCAUCGGAUACAACCAGAACCAAGUGGUCGAAGCAAAGAUCGCGCUAUUCAAGGAACUCCAUCCGCAGGACCAGAAGUGUACAGCCGCUGACAUCCUGGUCCCGGUCCUGGAACCUGCAUCAACUCUUCGAUCAUUGCUGCCCGGAGAUGCUCGACAUGCUGUCAUUACCGCUACCAACGUCCAGCCACCAAUUGUGCCAUUGAAACCCACGGUCACAGCCGUCCGAGUCUUGCCGGGAAAAUUCAGGAAGUACAUCUCAAUCGCACCGAAUGCUUUCAAAGGAGCAGAAUCAGACCCAGAUUAUGAUCUCGGAGGAAAAGCCCUCCUUUGGACAGCCAGAUUCGGACUGGCGGCGACCCUGGCCAUCGCGAACAAAGGAAGGGACACGACCACCUACUCCACCACCAUCACGGAGUCAGAAACAACAGGAAGACGGUCGACGGUAACGUUUACCAUCCGACGACCCAGUACCGCCGCCCCCGUCUCUUCCUGGACCCGCUCGACGGCGUUCAAAAUGGACAUCUCUCCAGGCGGAACUUGCGAUCUGGAAGUCGAAUCGGCUACCUUGAUCAACACCCAGCUGACAAUAAGAGCCAAGUUCACAUUCGAGAGCCAGUCAAGGAUCAACGAGAAGAAUCUGCUCAACCAAAAUGCAGUCGUUUGGCAACAGUUGGACGAUAAUCUCCACCAACUCCGAACUUUCCCAGAGCCAGAGGACUGGCUGAAGGUCCCGGUGGAUUCUCCAUCAGGAAAUGUCUUGAUCGCUCUCACAGGAGGACCGGAGAUUGACGGGAUCAUGCCCUGGGACAAAACCGAUGUCGUGGAUUUUGCCGGUUCAGCAGUGAAACUAUCAGAGGAGCAAUCCUACUACGCCAACACGCUGGCCAAGACCAAGAUCGCAGGGGUUAUCGCCAACGCACCCCCAGGCGUCGGGAAGACUCUGAUGGUAGCGGGAGCUGCCAUCCACGCCAUACGCGAAACCAAUGAUCUUAGAUCUAUUCAGACCCUCACAGGCAUGACAAACGUGAGUGUGCUACCAAUGGUGAAGACGCUCAGGACCUUGGAUCCGGAAACCCGGUACCCUCCAGUCCGAUUAAUCUCUGAAUCUCAUCGCGAGCACUUGGACCCAGCGUUGCGGACAGAAAUCGACUAUCCGAUAUUGUGGAUCAAAGUCUUCAAGGAUCUGCUACACAGGAUUGACCCGUCAACAGCAGUCGCGACCAUAAGAGAGAACCCGGACCUUAUGUCAGCAAUACAACACCUUCAUGCCAAGAAAAUCGACCCCGAGGAGUUCGCUCACCACUUUAUCCGGAAAGCUGUAGCCAAAGGACCCAACUCUGACAGGAACACCACCCCGAAAGCCGAACUUUUCCGCAAGCUCUACAACCCUCGUAUUGUAGUUGGCACUGUGGCCAGCGUGCUGGAAUCCUUCAAAACCCCCGAUUGGACCUGGCUAAGAGAAAACGUCUCGGCGAUCCAAGUCGACGAGGCGUCGCAGCUCCCACUCUAUGCCCUGGCAGCGUUGGCACUCAUGUUCCAGAGAGCUCGGUUGGCUCUCGUCGGAGAUAUCCAUCAGCUGCCCCCCUUUGAGGACUCCGACCUUCCAAAGGAUAUUGCCGCAUUUGCAAUCUCCAGAGUUCUCCAAGAAGCAAUCAAGAGAAGGACACUCCCGAUCAUCGAUCUUACGGUUGGCCGCCGCUGCCCACCGCAAGUGACCAGGAUGUACAACGAGCUGUUCUACAAUCAACGCCUCACGUCCCUAUGGUCGCCGGAAAAGGAAGCCGAGCUGAGGGCAUUCACCGCCGCCCUCAAAUUUGGGAAUGAUUUUCCAAUACAGAUCUUAGAUCUACAAUCGUCACACACACAGUCAGGCACUUCGCUCACCAACAUUGAAGAAGCAAAAGCAGCUGUUCGAAUCGCCAGAACCAUCCAAACGCGUGUCGGAACGAACGACAUAGGAAUCUUGUGUUUUUACAAAGCACAAGCGGGAGAAGUCGCCGCUCUUCUUGGAGAUGCCCCCUUUUACGUUGGCACAAUCGACGGAUCUCAAGGCCACGAAUUCCAGGCCGUCAUCAUUCUGACCACCCGGACUUCGUCCUUCAGGGAUUCCGAGUUCAUCGAGGACUGCCGCCGUAUAAACGUGGCAAUCUCAAGGACCAAACGGAUCUGUUGCAUCAUCGUCGACAGACCGAAGGUCACAACCAACGGAACGUGGAGUCGUCUGAUCCGGAGGAUCCCGCACGAGGCCAAAUCCAACUUCUCCGUCAUGACCAUCAAACCACCAGCUCCUGGAAUGAGGCAACAUCAUCGGCCAGCAGCUCCGCCAAACGCCCACAGGAUCGAUCCAGAUAAAUACCCCCCCCCCCCCCCGUUCGCUUAA